AUGGCACCAAAAAUUGCAAUUGUAUUUUACUCUAUGUACGGCCAUGUGCAGCAGCUGGCCGAAGCGGAAAAAAGAGGUAUCGAGUCUGCAGGAGGACAGGCCGAGAUUUAUCAGAUUGCCGAAACCCUCCCUCAGAAUAUCCUGGACUUGAUGCACGCUCCACACAAGUCGUCCCAUCCUAUCAUCGGACCAGAGAAAUUGACCGAGUAUGAUGCCGUUCUCUUUGGAAUCCCGACCCGGUAUGGAAAUUUUCCAGUGCAGUGGAAAGCGUUCUGGGACAGCACGGGCGCGAUAUGGCAAAGUGGUGGCUAUUGGGGCAAAUAUGCUGGUCUUUUUGUUAGCUCAGGAACACUCGGUGGGGGCCAGGAGUCCACCGCCAUCGCCGCGAUGAGCACGUUAACUCACCACGGCUUCAUAUACGUUCCGCUUGGUUACAAGCCUGUGUUCCCACUCCUGACCGAUUUAUCCGAGGUUCAUGGCGGCAGUCCAUGGGGUGCGGGAACCUUUGCAGGACCCGAUGGCAGUCGCCAACCGACAGCUUUGGAGCUUUCAAUUGCCGAAGCCCAGGGCAAAUCGUUCUACGAGCAUGUCAGCCGAGUCUCGAGCUGA